GCGAGGUAGAGGAGUGCUCUGGGGCAGUGGAAUGUUUUUUGGAGAUAGAGGGUUGCUGUUUGUGCUUUAGAUCUCCCCAGAACAUGUAAGAGAACAGGGGUAUAAAUCAUCCAUUGUCAAACAAACAGUCCAGCUGAACUGAAAAUGCAUGAGGGUUUUUAAACUCACAAACCAAGAAUGCUUCUUCAAAAGUGGACUUGUCUGUGGCCCUUUUGGUUCCUGGUUUUGCUGGGACAUUUGCAUGAUUGCAUGUGCUCUCUGGUGAAGACCAACCAUGGCCUGCGGGUGAAGAGAGGCCAGUCGGCUUUCUUGCAGGAAGGAGACCUACAGUUCCACAUACCCAGAGAAAAGGAUGCCUGCAAGCUGGAAGUGGUUCUGAAUGAGCCUAUUACUCAACGUGUUGGCACACUGUCUCCUCAGGUUUUUGACUGCCACUAUUUGGCUGAUGAGGUGAAAUAUACGCAUAAUGGUUGUCCUAUUUUAAAAGAAGAUACUGUCAGACUUCGAUUGUACAGAUUCACAGAGACAGAGACAUAUAGUGAACUCUUCUCACUCCAUAUUGAGAUCAUGGAACCUGACUGUAAUGUUAUAAAGUUGGGACCACAGACAUUGCACGUUCCAGAGUUCUAUGGUCUUUCCAAUAUUCUUGAUGGUAAUGUGAUGUCCUUCCACUAUGAGCACCGACCCAAUAUAGAGUGUACCAUUAGGGUGAUGACACCAGAUUCUGGUCUACCUGGACAUGGUCAGCUGGUCACUGGUGAACCUGUCAAGUUAGAAGGGCCAAGAGGAGAUGAACCAGAUAGCUUUGUGUCAGUUAGACAACAAUUAGAAAAUAAAGCCAGAGCCAGAUGCAAGAGUGAAGACUGUUUGAAAGGACUUAAACUAGUGACAAUAACAAAAGUGUCUUGUGAGGAAUUCCUAAUAAUGGGAAUCCGCUAUCAGCAUAUCGAUCCUCCAUCACCUGAUAUUGAUUACAUUGCUGUUAGACUGGACCUCACAGAUACAAGGAGCCAGAGUAUAAUCCAGUCAGAGCAAGCCUGGAUCCCAGUUGCCAUUAAAGGCGCAGUUCCCAACCAGCCCCCAAAGCCUGCUUUCAUGUCCAUGUUCAUCCUGGAAGUGGAUCAAUUCAUCCUGACUCCAUUGUCCACAGCCAUCCUUGAUGCAGUAGAUGCUGAGACCCCAAAGAACAGGCUGGUGUUCAAUAUCACCAAGCUUCCCAGUGAGGGAUUUAUUACGCACUUGUCUGAUCAUACCAAGCCCAUCUCAUCCUUCACCUGGGUGGACCUCAAUGAAAUGCUUAUCAGCUACCAGCCUCCCAAUUCCAGCCAUACACAACGCAGAAACUAUGAGGUAGAGUUUGAAGUCCAUGAUUUCUACUUUGAGAAAAGUUCACCUAUUAUGGUACAUGUGUCAGUCAGGACUGCAGACACAAAUGCACCAAGAGUGUCAUGGAACAUGGGUCUCAGUCUUUUGGAAGGUCAGUCUCGGGCCAUCACAUGGGAUCAGUUGCAAAUCGUUGACAAUGAUGAUCUGAAGGCUGUACGAAUCAUAACUGUGGAUGGCUUACAGCAUGGAAGACUAACUGUCAGAGGUGGAAAAGGGUUCAUGUUCACUAUAAGUGACAUUAAGGCUGGAGUGGUACGCUAUUACCAUGAUGACAGUGAUACCACCAAAGACUUUGUGGUCUUUCGGAUCACUGAUGGCCGCCACCAGACAAGGCACAAGUUCCCAAUUAACAUCUUACCCAAAGAUGACAGUCCACCAUUCCUUAUCACCAACAUGGUCCUGGAACUCUCUGAGGGACAAACAGCUCUUCUUAGAGGUUCUAUACUUCAAGCUUCAGAUAUGGACUCCAGUGAUGACUACAUCAUGUUCAACAUCACUAAGCCUCCUCAAGCAGGGGAGAUCAUGAAGUUACCAGGCCCAGGAAUUACAGGUUAUCCUGUGAUGCGAUUCCUACAAAAGGAUCUCUUUCAUUCCAUUGUUUACUACAGGCACUUUGGCAAUGAAGUAUUUGAUGACUCUUUUGAAGUGGUGUUAUCUGAUUUUCAUGAUCCUCCCAAUCUCUCAGAGCCUCAGGUUAUUGUGAUUCAAAUACAACCUGUCCCAGAUCAGCCACCUAAAGAGGCCCCAGGAGUAACUCGACAUCUGAUUGUCAAAGAGACAGAAGUGGUUUAUUUAACCAAGCAGCAGUUGCACUUUGUCGAUGUAGAGUCACCAGACUGUGAGCUUACCUACACUGUUACCACCCCACCUUUCUACACUACCAUUAAUGGGGCACAUGAUGCAGGGCGACUAUUCCUGGUCGACAGCAUCCCAAAAUUGGCUAAGGAUCCCAAUGUGCCUGUGCUUAGGCUUUUUACACAGCAUGCUGUCAACUACAUGAAAGUGGCCUAUAUGCCUCCUAUUCAAGAUAUCGGGCCUUUUCCUCAACAUAUUAUGUUUGUAGUGUCUGUAACCAGUGAGCACGGCCGAACUACCACUGGAAUCUGUUUCAACAUCACAGUGCUUCCAGUGGACAACCAGCUCCCGGAGGUACACACAAAUGAUUUGAUUGUGGAUGAAGGGGGAAAAUGCUGGGUCAGCGCAGCUCAAUUGCACCUGACUGAUGUGGAUUCUCUAGAGGACUCGUUACAUGUGGUGCUGAAGAGAAAGCCUCAGCAUGGGGAAGUAUAUCUGGAUGGAGCGCCCUUGGGACAAGGCCAGACCUUUACUAUUAGAGACCUGAAAAGCCUAAAAGUUAGAUACCACCAUGACAGUUCAGAGACAGAGGAAGAUAACAUUGAAUGUACAGCCACAGAUGGGGUGAAUUCAGUUGACUUCAUUUUGCAUGUAAAGGUAACACGAGUUAAUGAUGAAAUGCCAGCACUGGUGCCAGGCUUGAAGACCGAUCUAGAGUGUGCAGAGGGACAGGAAGUGCUGAUCACCAUUGAGUACAUCUGUGCAACAGAUGUCGAUAGUGAUGACAGCAAACUGACGUAUCUGAUUGCUCGUCAGCCAUAUCAUGGUGUAGUGCUAAGGAAUGGUAUAGUGGUUGACAGGUUCUUUCAACAAGACUUAGAAGCCAGGAUCAUCAGCUACAAACACACAGGCCUGGAGGUUGGAUUACUUCCUCGUCAUGACACCAUCACGUUCGUGAUCUCUGAUGAACAGACGGAUCCAGUUUCUUCAUGCUGCUUUGACAGACCCCAGUCUAACACACAAACUAAACAUCCCCAAAAUUCCUUGCUAAUCUACGACCUGAAUAUUACUGUUUAUCCUGUGGACAACCAACCACCGUCUAUUGUUAUUGGUGAAGUGCUUCAGGUGGAUGAAGGAGGCUCUGCGGCUAUCACUGAAGUACAUAUAGGAGCCUCUGACCAGGACACUACUCUGGAGGAACUGCUUCUUGUAUUGGUGUCCCCACCACAGUUCGGCUAUAUUGAGAACAUUCUGCCUAGUCCAGGGUUUGAAAAGAGCAACAUGGGAAUAAGUAUUGCCUCUUUUUCCUACAGGGAUGUUCUAAAUGGACACAUCAACUAUGUGCAGUCCAGACACCAAAGGACUGAGCCCACUGCUGACCAAUUUAUGCUAUACAUCUCUGAUGGUGAACGCCAAUCUUCUGCAAUCCCAUUCUACAUCAUCAUCAAGCCAACAAAUGAUGAAAAGCCAGAUUUUCUAGCAAGGAACAUUAGUGUCAGAGAAGGAGAUAUGAAGGAGUUGGAUGCCUCCAUUAUUAAUGCUGUGGAUUUAGAUGUUCCAAGCGACCGAUUAACAUUUCGCAUCAUCCAGCAGCCCCAGCAUGGGGCUAUCAUGGGUGGACUUCAUGGUAAUGAUGUGGCCCAUUAUAAAAGAUCUAUCCAGAAUCAUGGAACAGAGGUUCAGAUCCAGGUUUUCACCAUGGAAGAUCUUAGAAAUGGUUUGACACUAAUGUAUUUGCAUGAUGACUCAGAGAGUGAGCAGGACAGCUUCAUCAUCCAGUUGUCUGAUGGAAGGCACCAGCUCCAGAGGCAGAUAUCUGUCAAAGUGAUGCCCAUCAAUGAUGAGAAGCCCUGUGUCAUUAGAAACACUGGCGUCGAGGUGGAACCAGGAGAAGCCAGAAUUAUUUCCGGUGCUGUUCUAGGUGCUCAUGACAAUGACACUCCCUCCACUAACAUCAUCUAUGUGUUUGAGAGUGUUCCUAUUCAUGGCUUGCUUCAGCUUAAGGCAGGCCUGGAGUGGAGCAUACUAUCAACAGGAAUGAACUGUUCCCAGGAAGCUGUAGAUAUGAACUUGCUACGCUACCUACACACAGCUCGGGGUGGAGCUCACACACAAGACUUUUUCAUCUUUCAUCUAGAGGAUGGCAGGAACCGUUCUCCUGCGCAACACUUCCACAUCUCACUCAAGGAGUUAGAGAAAGGAGACAUAGCGUUGUUUGUGAAGCCAUUGACGGCUAGCCGUGGAGAGCAUGUAGUGAUCACCACAGACGUCUUGUUGGCUGUAGAUGGUACUGAUAAGCCAGAAGAGCUGCUCUAUGUGAUCACUGUGCCUCCAGAACAUGGUCAUAUGGAGUACAUCAAACACACAGGCAUUCCCAUACACUCUUUCAGCCAGCUGGACAUAGUGGCUAACCUGGUGUGCUACGUCCAUGACAACAGAGCUACUUCACCUAGAGAGACGUUGCAUUUUGUCAUCAGUAAUGGAAAAUCCACACGUAAUGGUUCUCUGGAUAUUUCGGUGGAGAUGACAGACAGAGUUCUCCCUACAUUAGCGCAGAAUGCUGGUCUCCAGGUUCCUCAGGGUUCCACUAUUACUAUCACCACUGAUCACCUGCAGCUGUCUGACCCAGAUACCCCACCUUAUUCCCUGAUCUUCAUGCUCAUGCAGCCUCCACAGUAUGGUCAGCUUAUUGUGAAAGGGAUCCCUUUAGCUUCAAGGAGCAACUUCACACAGCAGAAUCUACAGGACCUGGCUGUUGCUUACAGACACUUGGGUGGAGCUUCUCAGAUUGACCGCUUUACGUUCACUGCUUCUGAUAGCACAGGAAGAGGCUUCCUGCUAGGAGGAAAGGUGCAGACAGAACCAGUCUUCUUUUUUAUACAGAUUGAAACACUGGACCAGUCUGCUCCAAGUGUGAUCGUGCUUGAGACACUGUGGAAAGUGGAGCUUCUGAAAGAGGGACGUUAUGGAAUCUUUAUCUCAUCCAGAGAAUUAAAGGCUCAGGAUACAAAUGCUGCAGAUGAGAACCUCAUCUUCCACAUACUCAAAGCUCCUUUCUUUGGAUACUUGGAAAACAUAACCAAUGGUGCAUUUGUUCGGCAGAGGUUCACUCAGUGGGAUCUGAACAAGAGGAAUAUUCUGUACAUAAUUAACCCUUCCCUGGAGGCCUUACGUGACAGUCUGGAGUUUGCAGUUUCUGACCAUCUGGGCAACACUGGGCCAUCUCACAAGUUAGAGUUCAGCUGGGCCAGUGUAGAGCUGACCAAGACAGAGUACCAUGUGUGUGAAGGCAAAGGACCACUUUCUCUUACAGUUCAGAGGAAGGGCAACAUGCAGGACUCAUCAUACGUAAUGCUCAAGGUAAAGGAGCUGACGGCAGCUAUAGGAAAGGAUUUUAUUUCGGCUCCAUCAACUCUGAUUCAGUUUGACCCUGGUGUGGCUAGUCGGCAGUGGAAGGUAGAGGUUGUGCAGGAUUCUCUGGAAGAAGCUGAGGAGAUGUUUGAGGUGACACUGGGUUCUCCUGUAGGUGCAAUACAGAGAGGAAACAACAAAACUGUCAUUACGAUAAUAGACAACAAGAAUGCACAGUGUGCUGAAAAAGCAUCCCCCAGAGGACCAGAUCUUGGGGGUAAAGAGGUCCAAGCAGGGCCGUACCCCAAACACGGCUCCAUCCAGGUAGAGACUUUACCUAUCACCGUGCGAGAUGGGGCGGAGACCGUUAGAGGAGAUAACUUUCUUCAAGUUAUUACCCCUGUCUCCAGGAAAAGACUAAGAACCAAUGGCAAUGGAAAGUCUAUUCGACCUUCUUCAGUUAUCCGAAGUGGAUCUGAUGUUCUUUACACAUAUCAUGGAAUAAUGUCACUGACGGUUGAAGAUGAAACUUCGCCCUUGAACUCUGCAAAGAAUGCACAAGUCCAGGUAACCAGUAGAGGGCAGCAGCGUUCCCAAUUAGUCAAAACCACAAGCCACCUUUCAGCAACUCCUACACGUGACCAUCAGGUACAGAAUAUUUUCUCUAGGCCUGAGUCUAAGGCCUGCACUCCAGAGCUGGCAGGUUUUCUCCAUUUUAAUGCAAGUUUAGGUCAACUCCUGCAGUGCAAUGGGAUCGCUUGGAAACCCUGGGCUGCUACAGAUGAGGCUGUGAAUGCGCAGAAGUGUCCACAGGGUUGGACUUACCAUCGCCGCCACUGCUAUCUGCUGAGCACAGAGCGAAAAGCCACAUGGAGCGAUGCUGUGACGACGUGUCGGGAAAGCUUCCAAGGGAACCUUGUAAGUGUGCUAUCAAAAGCAGACAUGGACUGGCUCUGGGACUUUAGUGAGAGAAAGCCCUUCUGGAUUGGUCUGAAUGACCGGGAGAAUAAAGGCCAGUGGGAAUGGGCGGAUGGAGAGCCAGUUACUUACACCAACUGGAGGCGUGGUCCACCCCCAAUUAGAGUCAAGAGCAACAAGAAGUGUGUUUUGGUUUGGAGGAAAACAAAAUGGCAAAUCCGGGAUUGCAAGAAUGGAAAGGGACACAGAUUUGUGUGCUAUGUAAAAACAUGAGCUGCUACUGAUUACCAAUUAAUUUAUACCUUCUGUUACUUGUUUACAUCAUGAUAUGAGAUUAUCCAAUAUAUGAUAUGAUAGAUAUAUAUUGACUCUGUCUGAUAUGAAUAGCAGAUAAACAAAUGUUUAUCAGCAGAUGUAGACAUUAGUACCUCCACUGUGUGAAACAUUUUUUUUUAAUAAUCAAAACUAAAGCUAAUUAAAAUGAUGUUUGUAAUUAAAAGCAUUACUGCAAAUGUAAACACUACAUGAUAUCAUACUGCAUAACGAUUUCAUGUAUGAUGAUAUGUACAGUACAUUGCCCGGCCCAAGUCUCACUUGCAACAUUCCCUUAACCCCCUUUAGCUUUGAUUACAGCACACAGUGUGGUGGUGAAUUCAUGUGUAAAAAUAAUUCCUAAUGCUUUUAGAAUCACACUUUCACAAUCUGAAUUCUGGAAUACUGCUGUGCCAUCAUCGAAGAAAAAAAUCCAUAGAUAUGAUAACCUGGUCAUUCAGUAAAGUCCAAUGAGGGUUCUUAUCGCAUUGUAUGCAUAUAGAAAUAUCCUUACUUUGACUAUUAAACAUAGUUAUGGUUGUCACUGGUCAGUUUUUACCAAGUGUUUAAGUGAUUCCCAUUCAUGAUUUUAUCUGACCACAUUUCUUCCACAAAGUUGACCGUUCAGCACUAUCCUAAGUUUUGAUAAUGUGUUAAGGGGUUCUUUAUCCAGUUAAAGUACAGUCAUUUUAAAUCUCCUUACUUUUAUUGAUUGAGCCAUAUAAUUCGACACUUCUUAACACACACACACACACAGUAGUUUCUGUGCAGAAGUCUUGAGCCACCCCUUAUUUUAAAUCAUUCAUAUUAAAUAAAAUGUAAUUCUGUAGCUUUAAGGAAUGGUAACAAAUGUUUUAAUGCAACAGGCUGACUAAAGUUAUCAGAGAAUGAAAAUGUAAAAAUCAGUACAUGUACAACCAUAGCAGCCUCCUCAUUUCCCCUCGUCUGUUCCAACGACUCGGCGUUCAUAGUACAUCACUGGUGUACUAAUCAUCAGCAUGAUCAUCUGCACCUGUUUAUCAGUGGCUCAUGCCUUUAAUUAGAUUGUUUUUAUGAUUAAAUUUAUACUGGUCAGGGACAGCCAACAAAGCCAUAUGUCAUAUCAGUAGAUCAAUAAAUCCUAGCUCUGGCUGUGGAAGCAAAAUAUGAAGAAAAGAGGGAAGGCCCAAGACAUAGUACUGUAUUUUUAUAUAGUGUGCAAAUAUUUUACUGGAUAUAAAAUUAAUUUAAAAACACUAUUGUUUAGGUUUAUAAGUAUGUGUGUUUUUUUUUUGUCCUUGUGUAUAUGCAUACUGUAGUCAAACAGCAUUAAAUAUGUACAUUUAAAUUGGAUUUAUGCGCUGGAUGUAUAUUUAAAUAACAACAAAAAAAAGUGCAUGAACAUGUAUUUCCCCCUCACUGUAUGUGUAUUAUAUACUGUACCUAAGCUUGGGAUUUGAAUGCAUUCUGCGCAUGAUGUCGUCAUAAAUAAAAGAGAUUUCCCAAUUUGCUUGCAGCUGUACCACUGAAACAAUAUAUGUACUAAACCAAUAUAUGAUCAGAGGCAAACUGUACCGGAAGUCUUAUCAAAUUAUUUUAAGGCCAUUAUGCCACGGAAUCAGUAUUACAAUCAAAUAAAAAUCAUUUAUUAAACAUUUGUUAAUCAGUAGAAAUGAAACAGCAUAUGAAAGAAAUUACAAAUAAAAUAAGCUAUUUUCAGUAUUUUCAGUUUGUUUACAUAAAAAAUAAGGCACUGUUUUACUAGCGUCUGUCUAUUAAAUGUACAAAACAUAAUCAUACUUUAACAAAAAUAAAAUAUUACAAAAAAAUUUACAUUGC